AUGGCUCCAGUAGAACUGAAGGAGCUUAAGGUGUCCUUUCUAGGGCAUGUGGUGUCCAAGGAAGGUGUAUCUAUUGACCCCGCAAAGAUUGAGGCAGUCACGAGUUGGCCUCGUCCAACCACAAUCGGAGAGAGGCACUACUUGUAUGGCGAGAAGAUACGAAUUUUCACCGACCACAAGAGUUUAAAAUACUUCUUCACUCAGAAGGAGUUAAAUAUGAGGCAGCGUAGGUGGUUGGAGCUAGUGAAGGACUAUGAUUGUGAGAUUUUGUACCACCCAGGGAAGGCAAAUAUGGUGGCGGAUGCUCUAAGUAGGAAGGUAGCCCAUUCAGAAGCCCUUAUCACCAGACAAGCCCAGUCAUGUAAGGACUUGGAGCUGGCCGAGAUAGCAGUGGUGGUAGGGGAGGUCUCUGCACAGUUAGCACAGUUAUCGGUACAACCGAGUUUGAGGCAGAGAAUCAUUGAUGCUCAAUGGAGUGAUCCUUACCUGGUUGAGGUAGCACAACAAGUGAAGAAUACCAUGAAAGUGGAGAUAGCAGAGUUUGUCAGUAAGUGUUUGGUGUGUCAGCAAGUGAAGGUCCUAAGACAAAAGCCAACAGACUUGUUGCAACCUUUGAGCGUACCAGAAUGA